AUGGGAAGCAAGGAAGAUGCGGGCAAGGGGUGUCCGGCGGCCGGCGGCGUCUCCAGCUUCACCAUUCAGUCCAUCCUGGGCGGGGGCCCCUCGGAGGCGCCACGGGAGCUCGCCGGCUGGCCGGCCAGGAAGCGCAGCCUGUCCGUGUCCUCGGAGGAGGAGGAGCCGGACGACGGCUGGAAGGCACCCGCCUGCUUCUGCCCAGACCCGCACGGCCCCAAGGAGCCCGGCCCCAAGCACCAACCCCCCAUCCCCUUUCCUUGCCUGGGUACCCCCAAGGGCAGCGGAGGCGCGGGGCCGGCGAGCUCGGAGCGCACGCCUUUCCUUUCGUCUUCGCACCCAGACUUUAAGGAAGAGAAAGAGAGGCUCUUGCCCGCGGGCUCGCCGUCGCCGGGGCCCGAGCGGCCGCGGGACGGCGGCGGCGCCGAGAGGCAGGCGGGCGCGGCCAAGAAGAAGACGCGCACGGUCUUCUCGCGCAGCCAGGUGUACCAGCUCGAGUCCACCUUCGACAUGAAGCGCUACCUGAGCAGCUCGGAGCGCGCCUGCCUUGCCUCCAGCCUGCAGCUCACCGAGACCCAGGUCAAGACUUGGUUCCAGAACCGCCGCAACAAGUGGAAGCGGCAGCUCUCCGCGGAGCUGGAGGCGGCCAACAUGGCGCACGCGUCGGCGCAGACUCUGGUGGGAAUGCCGCUGGUGUUCCGGGACAGCUCGCUGCUGCGCGUGCCGGUGCCGCGCUCGCUCGCCUUCCCCGCGCCGCUCUACUACCCGGGCAGCAACCUCUCGGCCUUACCUCUCUACAACCUCUACAGCAAGCUCGACUACUGA